AUGACUUGGACUUUGUGUCGGACGACGGAGAAAUUCUCAAAUAUAUAUAAUAUGCUUCCGAACAAAUUCGAAAAAUGGUUUCUCACUGUGAACACCGAAAAAACCGAAUAUAUAUCCUUAAGCCGAUCGGAAAGACGCAUUGAUGAAUCAUGGAGAAGGCACAAAAGGUUGGGAACGCUCCUGGGAGACACAGAGGAUGUUACCCGAAGGAAAAUCCUUUCAAAUAGAGCCUUUAGAAAACUUAUGUCUUUAUGGGGAACUAAAAAGAAGCUAACUGGAAAAACGAAAAUAAGGAUAUACAACUCGUUUGUAUUGCCAAUCCUUACUUACAACUGUGGAACCUGGGGACUCACAAAACUGGAAAAUCAGAAACUAGACAGUUUCCAUAGAUCUCAAUUACGUGCAGCACUCAACAUCCGCUACCCGCAGAAGAUCUCAAACGACAAUCUAUACAAAUUAUGCAACUCAGAAAUUCAUUCGAUCGAAAUCCUGAAAUCACGAUGGAGGCUAUUUGGCCACAUUCUGCGGAUGGACGUCGCCACUCCUGCUAACAUUGCUAUGGAAACAUAUUUCAUGCAAUGCGGAGACGCAUUCCGAGGAAGACCAAGGACAACACUUCCAUCGGUGCUAAAUCAGGAUCUCAAAAUUAUUGGGAGGAAACUCGAAACUGCUGAUGAUCUCGACAAUCUGAGAGAAUUGGAAAAGAGGAGAGGCACCUGGAGAAGGUUGUGGGACAGUAUUGUUGUUCACGCGGCACAAGGGAAGCUUAAUUAG